AUGGACGAGAAACCCAUCAUAUUCAACCCACACAUGGCCCUUCCUAGGCGCUACCGCCGUGUGGCGGCGCUCCUGGCCAUCAUCAUCGUUUGCAUAACCGUGCUGAUUCUUCACACGCUCUUUACGCCGAUUUCCCAGGCCUAUCUCACGAACGAGGCCUUCAGACAGCACCAGCGAAGCUCGUUUCAGCCCAGAAACCCGGCCCUGGCGCUCUAUGACUACAUCAAAAAGCGCCUGGCGGCGUCCCACGAUCCAGAUUUCGAACAUGUGCUCGGAAACGCCGACGGAAUCUACUUCCAUUGGGACGACUGGGUCGACACGCUGGCUGGAGACUCUGUUUUGCAGCGUCUCAGGGAUCGCCAGCCUCUGGGCACUUGCAACAGAGACGUGGACCGCUUGGCUUCCAUUAAUCCCUAUUUCAUGGAGACCUACCACACCAAGGUGCUCCGCAGCAUGGCAUAUCUUUACUGCAUCAAGGAUGUGCCCAAACGUGUGCUAGCUACAACCGACCAGGGCUACAUAGAGGUUGCUGUGGCUGAAAAGAAGCGUGUUGGCGAUAACCUCACGAAAAACGUGGCCAAGCUGCUGCUUGUGCUGGCCAUGGAGGAGUCCGAGCAGUUGGACCUCCCUUUGGACGAGCUGACUCUGCACCUCCGUGCUGUUCCAUACAAGCAGAUGCAGAAAACCGUGGCUGUCAGUGCCAAGGACUUUGUGUUUGAGCCAGAGGUGGAGAUUUUUGCCUUGAAAGAGCGUCUCAACGAGAACCGCAUCCUGAAGCUGGACUUGGAGUACUUGGAGUUCUUGGAGUACGCCAACACCGCCGCAGAUACCCAGGAGUGCUUCUUCAAAUACCCCUGGAUCUUCAGUGACCUUGUCGCCCGAAACUCCCACCACAUCUACUACCCAUUUUUCAAACGCUACACUGGCAACCGUGAGCGUCAAAGCAUCUUGCAACACAUCAUCAAAGCCUGGUUCGAAUUUGCCGAGACCGAAAAAGUGGCUCUGUGGGUCAAUUACGGCUCUCUUCUCGGCUGGGCCUACAAUGGCGUGAAUAUGCCUUGGGACACCGAUAUUGACGUCCAGCUCCCGAUUGUGCAGCUCGACCGCUUGGCCAGAAAGUACAACAACACACUCAUUCUCGAAAACCCCAAACUGGGAAACGCUGCAUAUUUAUUCGAGGUUUCCCCCACUUACGUGAAGCAGGGCAACAGCAACAACUUCAUCGACGCCCGUUUCAUCGACAUCAACCUGGGCUUAUACAUAGACAUCAGCGCCUUGUCUCACACCAACGAUGUGCCUCCGCCGGCGGUGUACGAGUUGGACGACGACUUGGCCAAGCUCAAAACCAUGGCUGUUCACUGCAAGCACUGGAACUGGCACCGCAUUGACGAGCUUCUUCCGCUCAGACACACCUACUUUGAAGGCCUGCCGAUCUACAUUCCCAAGAACGUUCUGUCGCUUUUGGGCAAGAAGUACGGCAAGAGCUCGUACACCACAAAGCUCGUUUUCAGAGACCACGAGUUCAGAAAGGACCUCGGCAUGUGGGUGCCCAGCAAAGAGUGCAAGCCAUCUGAAAAAGACUUUGACCCUUCGGAAGCUCGUGAGUCCUGGUAUAAGGCGUGUGGCAAGCUGUGGCUUCUUGAUGAGUACAAUAUCGUGACGCCAUCGGUGCAGCGUCACCAGGAACUCAACAUCAACGUUGACGAGUACGUGAACUACGAUCCUGAGUCGACUGAGCCGCUUCCGAUUCACCGCAAAGACCCGUGGGACUACUACGAGGAUAUCUUGAUGAACCGGGGCGCCAACAACGAGUGGUAUGUUGAGGGUUAA